GCCGACUCGGACGCGAUGGAUCUAUUGUUUGGAAGCUUGCCGCGGCGGUGCGGAUGGAGCACUGCCUUAGUCAAGGUGGACUAUGGUGCGGUAAGUUGGCAGGCGGAUUAUCUUGGUGAGGAAGGACUAUUGCAGUGCUAUUGUCCGGGCGGAAUAGCGCGAGUAGCUUCUCGCCUGAGCACUAUCCACACCUACUGGCUUCUUUUCCAUCUCUUUGCACCACUACCACCAACCCCCCCGGCGAGCAGGAUCUAGGCGCGGAGAGAGCGAGAGGCACAAGGCCACAAGCGUGCGGCGAUCUCAUCUCACGACCAUCGCAUCACGCAACAAUCCAUGAAGACCGGCCUCUUCCCUUGACCUUCUUCACGAUCCCCGCCAUGUCACUCGUUCACCCGCUCGGUCGGGCCCUGGCGGCUAUUUUCCUUUUCGUCACUUUCGUUCACGGUCAGACUUGUUACUAUCCAGGAGGAUUAGAGUCGGGUCAUACAGCAUGCGGUAGCAGCGAAGAUGGCGAGGCUUCGGCAUGCUGUGGCGAGGAGGCGACAUGUUUGGGGAGCGGACUCUGCUUCAGUCAUGGCAUUAUGUCGCGCGGAAGUUGUACGGAUAAGGAUUGGAAGGACGAGGCUUGUGCUACGGUCUGCACACAGGGCCUCCUCAACUUUACCGCUCCCAUAACGCCCUGCAGCGACAACGGCACCUCCGGCGUCUUCGCCUGCGGCCUCAACACCACGGCCUGCCGGCGGCCGGACAGAACCUUCACCUUACCCUCCUAUCCCUCAGUCAUUCUCCGCGCCUCCGAGCUUUCCGCCCUCGCUUCUCCCGCCGUCAGCAGCGCUCUCGCUAACGCACCAACGCCCGCUGCCGUAACUGUAACCGCUACACCAUCGGUCACAUCUGACCCCAACCUCCACACCUCCGCCGAAAUGGCUGGCCUUGCAGUUGGCCUCGCGAUUCCGCUCCUCAUCUCCCUCGCCUUCUGCUUCUCCCUCUAUCGCCGCGAACAAAGCCGCACGCCGAAGCUCAUGUACCCUCUCCCCGACAACAUGGAAGACCCAUACACGAUGAAAGACGGACGCAGCCUUUCACCCUUUCCUUUCGCUCGAUCUCCCUCCACGGCGACGAGUCUCCGACCGCCAGUGUCGCGGGACGGCAGCGAGAUCAGUGCGAUGACAGGCAUGGCCAAGAAAGAGCAUUCGCAACCGGGUCCCAUGCACACGUUUCAGGACAGGUACCAUCUGAUGAAGAGUAAGAGUGGAGGAUUACAGGUGCAGAGGGUUGAGUUGGAUGCGAGUCCGGAGGGAAUGGGGGAGGAGUUUGAGGAGGUGGAGAUGGAUGAUGUGAAGGUGAAGCCGAGGGAGCAGUUUUGA